AUGAAUGUAAAUAGAAGAAAAACGAGGCGUUGCCGUAUAAAGUUGUUAUCGUAUUCUAGAAGACGAAAAACAAGUGUAAAGUGUUUACAGUACAAUAUAAUGUGCAACGUCCUCAUAAGCAUGGGCCGGCCAUCUUUACGCAUUCAUGGUUGGGUUGUACUGACAAUUUUGCGAAUUCUCCCUUCGGGAAUUCUGCCUGUUGAACCGGCGAUCCUUCUAGCAGCUUGCAGUGCAUUUGGUUGGCGUCUCGAUUCGCUUCGGCCUCUUUAA